AGACGGCGCUACCGCACGUCGGGCCGCGGACGGGCGGAACAAGUGUGGUUGCACCGACACCGGUACAUAGGCGCGGGCCGGCGUGUCCUUGGGCUAGAGCGCGGGACGUCUGUCUUCGAGUCCGAACGUUCGUGGUGUUGACCAGCCCGGAACGAAUUAAAAAUGGGUGAUGUUGAAAAAGGCAAGAAGAUUUUUGUUCAGAAGUGUGCCCAGUGCCACACUGUGGAAAAGGGAGGCAAGCAUAAGACUGGACCAAAUCUCCACGGUCUGUUCGGGCGGAAGACAGGCCAGGCUGCUGGAUUCUCUUACACAGAUGCCAACAAGAACAAAGGCAUCACCUGGGGAGAGGAUACCCUGAUGGAGUAUUUGGAGAAUCCCAAAAAGUACAUCCCUGGAACAAAAAUGAUCUUCGCUGGAAUUAAGAAGAAGGGAGAAAGGGCAGACCUAAUAGCUUAUCUUAAAAAGGCUACUAAUGAGUAAUUCCACUGCCUUAUUUAUUACAAAACAAAUGUCUCAUGGCUUUUAAUGUACACCAUAAUUUAAUUCACACACCAAAUUCAGAUCAUGAAUGGCUAGCAAUGUUUUUGUUGGACAGUCCUGAUUUAAGUAAAACUGACUUGUCAUAAAGUGGGUACGGUCUUUAUUAAAGCAACAGUUCCAGUUGUAUACAUGCUACCACGGCUCUCCCUUUCUCAAGAUAAGAUUGGACUUAAUUAGCAAUGUUUUACUUUCCAUAAAUAGGGGCAUGUCACCUCAAACCUACUAAAUGGUUUUAUACUUAGAUUUAUAUAACUGGGCAUAUGAAUAUGCUUAAACACUGGGAAAAUUCUAUCACUGUCUCAGAAACAAGAAGACUCAAAUGUGUUUCAGUUUGUGUUCACUGGCCUCUUUCAGGUCAUGGCUAACCACCAGGAGGCAACUGUCUAUUCUUGACAGUGCAGUUUUAAUUAGAAUUCCCUACAUCAAGGAUGUUGCCUUUUACUAUUGAAAGGCAUUUACUGUGGUUUAUGUAUGAUAUCAAAUAAAGAGUAUUUAACACUUCUUUAUAGUUGAUCUGCAAAUUAAAAUGCUUUUAGAAACAAGCAAGUUAGGCCUUUUAAAUUCUCUAUUUUCUAAGACUAAGUUGUAAAUCAGAAUUGUCCUUAAAUACCCACUCAGAAACACACAUAACUGGAAUUCGAUUAGGAAUGGCACUCUUUGCUAACUUACUAGAUGGAAAGAUGGAAAUAAAGGAAAUAGUUUGUAUCAGCAGAAAGAAGAUAAUUAAAACAACCACAGAUCGUGAUCCUUUGAUUGUGCUUUGUUUAAUGACAGUUAACAUAUCUUUAGUUGUUUAAAUGUUCCCUGGUAUAAAGCCAUGGUCUAGUGAAGGUACUAGGUGCUCUUACCUUGAUAUCUCGGGCAACUCCGACUACAGCCACGCUUUACCCUUCGUUCUUUGGCCAGAAUGAGAUCUAUAAAGGUGAAUAAUUAUGUAUUAGCUGAGUGGUCCUAAAUUUUAUAGAGAAUGGCAGGGAAAUGAGUGAUAGUGGUGUCUUUGUGGGGGUGAAAAGGCUGGAGAAAGACCUCAUCGUGACUUCAGACGUGUAGAAGAUGAUUAACUGGGCCUCAGGUCAGAGGCAGCACUUUGUGACAAAUCUUACUUUAUACAAGAAAUUGAGGACAAUCUGGAAACAAGUUUGGAAAGUUUUCUGUAAUUUGGAGUUUUGGGCUGAUGGGUAGGAAUUUUUUUUUUGUUGUUUUGGACCUAUUUUGUAUGUAUGGGUGUUUUCUCUGCAUGUAUAUCUGUGCACUACACUUGAAGGCCAACCCAGGGUGUUGGAUUCCUUGGGACUGGUGUUACAGCGGGAUCUGCAGUGGGCGCAGUCCAGGCUGAGUCCUCUGGAAGAACAGCCAGUGCUCUUGAGUCCUCUCCAGCCCUGAUAAGCUUUUUACUUUGUAGGUCCUUCAGAGAUAGCUUUGUAAUAACACUUGAUGAGUCCCAAGUUUUUGUAACAACUUUCCAGGGCACAUUUUAACUAAUGUGUAAAGAAAUAAAGCCCUGGAAUUGCCGGGUGGUGUUGGCAUACACCUUUAAUCCCAGCACUUGGGAGGCAGAGGCAGGUGGAUUUCUGAGUUCAAGGCCAGCCUGGUCUAUAGAGUGAGUUCCAGGACAGCCUGGGCUACACAGAGAAACCCUGUCUCAAAAAAACAAAAAAUAAAAAUAAAGCCCUGGACUUGUUUUCUUAUAUUCUGGAAAUGAUAGAAAAAAAAAGUCAUAAUAAGCCGUUGAGAUGAAUAUAUAGACAUUUGGCUUAAGAUUUUAUAACAUUGGGCUUUCAAUAUAAAUUCAAAGGGGCCUCGUUAGUGCAGCAGGUUGUGUGAGUCCUAUAGUUUAUAAACUCAGAUUCUGUAACCCAGAAGUGGUGAAGCCAUGAUGACUUAUUUCCUGACAGGCAACCUUUUCUGGGAGCCCAAGUAAAGGGUCCCUACUGAUGACCAAACUUAGAGUUGUUAUUUCUGUAUCUAUACCUAAUACAUCAUCUAAGGCCUGUGUUACACAGAUGGAACCUCCUGUGUUCUAAGGCUAGACUCAAGUAAGAUACCCAGUGAUGGAGAAGGUAAACCUGUGAGAUGCAGAAAGGGGACAGUCUCUGUACACUGAUUUUACAAGUCAGGAAGUGGGACCACUCUAGCUGAUCUGCUUGCUCUUAGUUGCUUUGUAGGUGGCUAGUUCAGUGAUACCAUAAAGGAAAAUCAGAUGAAUUUCUUCUCAGUUCCACCUGCAUUCAGAAUGCUUAGAAAAGCUCUACCCCAUAGUCCUUCCUGUAAUGGAUCUUUUAGACAUACUUGUCCAUUACCCUGGUGUGGCUUUCAAACCCAUGAAGUACAUGUGGGUUGAUGAAGUAGCUAAUGGCUGCUGUAUUUAUGGCAUUGACCUAGAACUAGUACCAGCCAGUUUAAGCACUUGCCUUCUGAGAAUCUAGAAUUAAUGCACAUAAAAUUCUGAUGCCUUUCUGAACACUGAUUUAGACAAUCCCUUUGAUUUUACCAUGCUUCAUCUGUUGAGUUUAAGUUGUCUUUUUUAGGUGGGCAGGGGCACCAUCUGUCUUCCGUUACACUUACAUAUUCAUUUUAACCACUGAAGAUUGCUAAAUAAAGGACAUGUCGGAGU